CAGCGUUCGACAUGGCACCUUGUGUUUUUGCUGAAAAUCUCCUGAUCUCUGUAAUGUCAAUGCCGUAAAAAAAUUGUAGGUUAAACCGAAAACAGUCAUACCGAGUUAGCAACAGAUGAUUAUGAGUACUACUAGGAUGGAAAAUAACAACGAUCAGUGUAGGGGCAGAAAGAUUUUUGUUGGGGGCUUAUCAGCCGAAUUGACUGAGGAUGAGUUCAAAAAUUACUUUGAAAAGUUUGGUAAGAUAACUGAUGUCGUUGUGAUGCAUGAUAGUGUAACCAACCGCCCUAGAGGAUUUGGAUUCAUCACAUUUGAAUCUGUAGAAUCUGUUGACUCUGUUCUGCAGAGUAACUUUCAUGAGCUGAAUGGUAGACGUGUGGAGGUGAAGAGAGCUAUCCCGAAAAAGGGAAACUACAAUGGUGGUCAUAUUCCCAAUGCUAGAACACAGGGAGGAAAAAGCCCUCUUCCUAAUAGUAAUAGGAAUGUUCCUUUCCCUUACCCUUAUUAUGGUUCUAGUUAUCCAGUUUAUCCUGGUUUUACACCUUUUCCACAUUAUGGAGGACCAGGAGUUGAUUUGUAUGGCUCUCACUUGUAUGGGAAUUGGUUUCCCCCUAGCUUUGGUAACAUGGCUUCGGAGGGCACGUGGUAUGGACCUAAUUUUUUUGGUGUUGGGAUUUUUCCUCCACCUUAUAGAAAUUCUCUAAUUCCUCCAAUAUACUCAAGCAAGGGGCUCUCAGAUACAGGGACUGGAAAUGGAAUGGUUGAUACAAGAAGAAAUGGGGAGAUAAAGCAGAACACUACUGGAAAACGAAUUAUGUCAGCUGAUGCGGUGCCAUUUCAGAUCAAAGACAGAACUUGAAGGGAUUCUUAAAGACAUGGAAACUUAGUUGAUAAGUAUUUGUUAUUGGAUUUGCAUCUUACAUAAGGGCAUUUGAUUUGUAAAUUCUGUCAUGGAUAGAAUUAGAUCUAUGUCUCAUUCUUUCUAUCAUUCUCUUCAAUUUCAAAACUCUCCUAAUGCUUUUUUUAGUUUUUUUUCCUAACUUUCUAUGGUGCUGACUCCAUGAUCCAUUCGUAGAAUUUUAAUCUUUGUAAUAUAAUUGUUUUCAUGAUUCAAUCUUCUGUUAGGAAUUUGGGUUAUCCGUCUUGUAAAUGACUGAUAAAUGAAUCUAUAUAUAAAGGAGUUAUAGAUUUAA